AUGCUUGCCGUCUCCGUUGAUGGAAACCGCAAGCUUUAUCGCUUUAAAUCAAAUGCAAGCACUUCAGAGCACAGCAACUUUGAAGACAUCUUCAUUUUAAAAGAUGAGGAGGUUGCUGACUUUGUAAGCCACGUCCACAGACGGACAAGUCAUGUGUCAGAAAAAGGGGCUUGUGGAUCUUCAGCUUGGACAGCAGCUAAGGAGUUAUCCAGGAAGUCCACCAGCAAACUGGAUGAGGAGGGGCUUUCGGUCAUGCAUGCAAAGGCACACACUGGGAAAUGCGAGAUUAAAUGGGGAGGCGCUUUUCAGGAAGGUGCAGGCUCAACAAUUGGAGAAGAGGUUGAGCAAGUGAACAGUUUCCUGUCCAGAGCAGCCAUCACAACCAAGUACAUGUCUAAAGCAGGUCGAACAGACAUGCUGACCCUCCUGGCUUGGGGGUGGAAUAAAAGGAAAGUGGAGAACAUGGGCCGCACUUUGAGCCAGAGAUACCUUAAGACUGUAAGGAUGCUUAAGGAACAAGUUGAGAGCCUGGAUGAUACCAAAGAUGAGCUGGGCGUAGAUGACAGCACAAUGCAGUCAUGGGUGUGUGAUGUGCAGCAAUGGGCUGAAGAAACUCAUCAGAGUGAUGGCAGCCUUGGGGCAUUACAGGCACGAAUAGAGGAGCUUGCUGUGAUCAUCAAAGUGCGAAGCCAAAAUCUCUACAGACAAACUGAUAGCAACAAGAGACGCCACAAAAUUCGAAAAGUCAUUUUGGAUGAGAAGAAACGCUUGUCAACUGCCGUUGAUGACUACAACAAGCUGGCUGAACCACCUUUACAGAUUGUGUCACUUGAUGCCAUCCUCCAGACUGACACGUGGCCUUGGCAGAACAUAAGACUUGCUGCAGACCUUCAGACCAAAAGGAAGGUGUUUGAGAAGGUGAUGGCUGUGAGGCGCCUGAAGGAGGAGGAAAUGCUCCUUUGCAAAGAAAUGCAGCAGCAUUGGACAGUGAUGAAGGCACAACAUUUGAAGCUGGGAACUAUCUCCUCCAACUCUUCUUUUGCUGACAUGUCUGAGGAUGCACAGAAGGGACUACGGUGUCUGGUGCUUAAAAAGCAAACAGAGCUGAAAGCACAAAUGCUGAAAGUGAAGGACUACUACAGCAGAAUCCUCAGCCACCAACCGCUCCUGGACAUAGACUCGGAGGAGGAGGAGAUGCCAGAAGAAAAUGAUGCAGCUGACAGUGAUUUCAGCACUUCUGACGAGGACUAAGUGUGUCUAGUUAUGUUGCCAAUUUCACCUGUAGGUCACACCUAUGCUCUUCUUGAUUAGUUGUGUAUCUGAUUAGAUUAUUUUUUUUUUUUCUGUUUCCAAUGUUAAGACUGUCUGCUUUGAUACUGCAGUUUUGACAUACUACUUCAUAAUUUGACCUUUGACAUAUGCAAUAUUUUCAUAUGCAAUGUUUAACUUUGUGUAAUUUUGUACAUAAUAUGAGCUCAUCUUAAUGUUGAAACCUGUAUCAAAAAUAUGACUAAAACAUCUUUCUAUCACUUAAGAAUUAUUUCUACGGUGGAACCUUUUCUCUCUCUGGCUGACAUAUAUUUUCAGAUUAUUUUAAUAGUUAAUAAAUCACUCCAUAGUCAUGCACUUAAAUAUAUUUUAGGACUGCUCUCAAGAUACAUACCCAGUAGAUCCGUAAGGACGUUCCUGUGGCACUGUACUUUUAACAGUUCCAAAAGCCAGGACAAAGAGACAUGGAGAGGCAGCUUUUAGUUUAAGUAGCUUCACAAGUUUGCUUAAAUGUGUAUUGUGUUCUGUACAGUUUGUGUGUGUCCUAUGGUGUCUAAAGUAAUAGGCCUCUUGUUAAUCAAAUAUUUUCCAGUAACUUACCUUUAAAUGCUUAAUGUGUUUUGUAAUGUAUAUUGUCAUAAUGCACGCAUAUAAACCUACCAGUCAUGGUAAAAUGUUGUUAUAAUGUGUUAUGCUUCUUAUGAUAUAGUACUUAUGUAGCCUGUUGUUAUGAAAUGUGUUAUCUAAAUUCAAUUUGAACUGGGAUUACUUUAACAAAUGUUUAAAAAAAAAAAUAUAUACUGUAUUUAUAUAAACUAAUAAAUAUU